AUGAAGGGCAUCUUAUCCUCUCGGCUUGUCAUCCUCACUUCUUGUCUGUGUUUAAGUACGGUCACUGCCCAGGUCUUCGACCCGAAUAAGGGCAGCUCAUCGGGAUGGGAUCCAGCUGUAGUCGGAACGAAUAAGACCACCAAUGUCACCUUCUCGAAUCCCGUCAUGACCCUCAAUGUUGGAGAUCCUUUCAUGACCAAGUACACUGCCGACGACGAGGACUGGUAUCUUUUCACAUACACAACGAACUCUAAUAUUACGUUGAAGCGUUCGAGAUACCUCACUGACAAUUGGGAUAAUGUCGAGAGUAGGGUCGUCUUCAAUCCGGAUCCUACUAGCGGAGAACCAUGGUCGACAAGCUUAUGGGCUCCUGAGAUUCAUAACAUAUCCGGUUCUUGGUAUAUUAUCUUCACUGCUACAUCUGACGGUGAUAACCCACCGCCGCUCCUCGACGCCAUGUGCCCGAUUAACUGUCCCGCAAUUAACCAUCGUAUGUUCGUUCUUGCAGGUGAUGGGCCCGAUCCUUGGACAGCUAAAUUCGAGAUGAAACCUAUGCUGGAUACUUACGACAUGUUCGCUAUCGAUGGCACAUAUUUCCACUUCGAGGAUAAGCUAUACCAUAUCUACUCCUGCUGGGAGCAAAAGUACUCCUCAUGGCCGGCCAACUUGUGCAUCACGCGCAUGUCAGACCCGUGGACGAUCAACUCGACACUCUCCGAACGCCGGAUCAUCAGUAUACCAAACGAGCCCUGGGAGCAAGUCCCGUAUGGCCGUCCAAUACGACUUGCGACGAACGAGGGACCUCAGCAGCUCACGAACCCCAAGACGGGCCAGAACUUCGUCAUCUACUCGGCAGCACGCGUAAAUACGCCAUUCUACUGCCUAGGUAUGCUUGAGCUUGUUGGUAACGACCCAAUGGAGUACCAAUCGUGGAAGAAGCACAAAGAUGGAUGCGUCUUCCAUCAAAAUACAGCGACGGGAAUUUACGGUACGGGUCACGCAAGCUUCGUCUCUUCGCCUGACGGCUCCGAGGACUAUAUCGUAUACCACGCGCAGACGACGCCGAACCCAGCUUCAGACCUGUUUCGCACGGCUCGGAUACAGAAGUUCACAUGGAACGAGGACGGCACACCUAAGUUUCCACUUGCGGAGAAUGGUCCCUUCUCUGUUCCUGCUGGGCAGAAAGCUCUCACGCAUUAA